AUGGCGCGAGCGCUGCGGGCGGUGUGGGGAGCGGCGGGGCCGGGGCUGGAGCGGGACCUGGGAGCGGGGCCGCGGGUGCGCUUCGGGCCCAGCCCCACAGGUUUUCUGCACUUGGGUGGCCUCAGGACCGCGUUGUACAAUUACAUUUUCGCCAAAAAGCACCGCGGCACCUUUAUUUUGAGAGUGGAGGAUACAGACCAGAACCGAGUGGUACCCGGAGCUGCCGAGGGGAUUGAAGAUAUGCUGGAUUGGGCAGGCAUACCCCCUGAUGAGAGCCCUCGCCGUGGCGGUUCCUUUGGACCCUACCAGCAGUCACUCAGAUUGGACCUCUACAGGAGAGCCAGCGAGGUGCUGCUGGAGCGCGCCGCGUACCGCUGCUUCUGCACCGCCCAGCGCCUGCACCUCCUGAAGAAGGAGGCUCUGAGGAGCCAGCAGACCCCACGAUACGACAACCGGUGUCGGCACCUGAGCCCUGCAGAAGUGGCUGAGAAGCUGUCUCAGGGCCUUCCCUGGGUUGUCCGGUUCCGUCUGGAGACAGGGGUGGAACCCUUCCAGGACCUGGUCUAUGGCUGGAGCAAGCACGAAGUGGCUGAGGUGGAAGGUGACCCAGUGAUUCUCAAGGGGGAUGGCUUCCCCACCUACCACCUGGCAAACGUGGUGGACGAUCACUCCAUGGGCAUCAGCCACGUCCUGCGGGGAGCAGAGUGGCUGACUUCAACCUCCAAGCACCUCCUUCUCUACAAAGCCUUUGGUUGGGAUCCUCCUCAGUUUGGUCACCUGCCACUGCUCCUGAACAAAGAUGGUGCCAAGCUGUCAAAGAGGCAGGGGGACAUCUUCCUGGAGCGUUUUGCUCAGGAGGGAUACCUGCCAGAGGCCCUGCUGGACAUCAUAACCAACUGUGGCUCUGGGUUCACAGAAGCAGAUGGGAGGACUUUGGAAGAGCUGAUCUCCCAGUUUGAAAUAGACAGAAUCACAACCCACUCUGCCCUCCUGGAUCUUGAAAAACUCCCAGAGUUCAACAGGAUUCACCUCACCCGUCACAUUGAGAAUGAAGGGCUGAGACAGCUAAUUAGAGACUUGCAGUUGCUGGUGGAGCAUGUCUAUGGGGAUCAACAAGUAGAUCAAGAGGUUCUAGAAAAGGAGUAUGUGGAGCAAGUCCUCCUGCUAAGAAAAGGACACAUAAGCCUCCUGAAGACUCUGGUGUCAUCUGAUUAUUCUUACUUAUGGGUUAGGCCCUCAGUGACCCGAGAGCAGCUGCAAACUCUUUCUGCAGAAGUAGAUGAAAUAGGAAAAUUAGUUUUAGGGCUCAUGACAAGGCAGACAGCUGCUUUGACUGUGGAGGAGUUGAACAAAGAACUGAAAAGCCUCCAGAAGCAAACCAGAGAGACUAAGUACAGCACCAUGAUGAAGCUCCUUCGCUUGGCUCUCAGUGGGCAGCAGCAUGGCCCGAGCGUUGCUGAGAUGAUGGUGACUUUGGGACCCAAAGAAGUCUGUGGACGAAUACACAAAGCACUGUCUGGCUAGCAGGGGACAGCAGUGACACCACCACCCAGCCCCUGCACUCUGAUGGGGUGGGCAGCACGUGCUGUGCUCCAUACUGAUGGAUCCUGGCAUCCUUCUCUUGGAUCAGAGCAGCUGAUCAAACCCUCUGUGUGUCUGCACUCAGCAUAAGCCACGUUCUCUGAGAGAGGAACCCAGUGCAGAUUUAGGCUCAUGCUGCAUGCAUCCUGUGCAAACAGCCAGGUUGGAAGAAAGAGACUUUUAUCAGCCUGUAAAUAAUUCACAUGGACAGACAGUAAUGUUAUUUGUGAUACCAGCAUCAAGUGAUCAAUCUGUUUUGGGAGAGGGCUUCAGAGCCAGGGUACCUGCAGCUACAGAUACACAGGUCCCCAACAAAUAUCCUGGGGAGGGUUUUUUAUAUAUAUAAAUACAUAUAUAUAUACACAAUAUAAAAUCUGUAUUUUAGCUGCCCUGGUGCCCUGCCAGGCCGAGUGAGCUGCUCAGAGCUGGGGAGUCUCCUCCUUGUGUCUGCUGUCAGGCAUGUGGUUCUGCUAAAAAUAUCCCCGCCCAGGAAAUGGGGAUGGGUUUUCCUUCUUUUGAAUUGAUGGACCUUCAAGUUAUUAAAUUACUGUGCUGACUUUU